CUUCCCAACUUAACGCUCUCUCUCUCUCUCUCUGUGUUUCUCUUUGUUCUAGAUAUUUAGGGCUCACGCAACUGUUGUAUGAGCAGGGGAGCACCAGAUCUCUGAUGUCGACAACCCACAUUGGCAGCAACGGCGAAACGGAGCCCGCCAGGCUGGCGACGCCUACUGCUUUGACCUCCUCAGCUUCCUUCAGGGCUCGAACCAAGAAACCCAACGCCGCCGGUGCCGGCGCCGGCGCCGGUGGUGUUAUCUCGCGAGCCGGCUCCGACGUCGAUGACAUCAUCACGCUCUUGCACGGCUCCGAUCCCGUCCGCGUCGAGCUCAACCGCCUCGAGAACGAAGUCCGAGAUAAAGAUCGGGAAUUAGGAGAUGCACAUGCAGAAAUCAAGUCCUUGAAAAAUUCAGAGCGUCUCAAAGAGAAGGCAGUUGAAGAGCUGACAGAUGAGCUAAAUAAAGUGGAUGAAAAGCUUAAAGCAACUGAAGCUCUUCUGGAGAGCAAGAACCUUGAAAUCAAGAAGACAAAUGAUGAGAAAAGAGCUGCUUUGGCUGCACAAUUUGCUGCUGAAGCCACACUUCGAAGAGUCCAUGCUGCACAGAAAGACGACGAAAUGCCUCCCAUUGAGGCCAUUAUUGCUCCGCUGGAGGCAGAGCUUAAACUGGCCAGGCUGGAGGUAGCAAAGUUGCAGGAUGACAAUAGAGCACUUGAUCGGCUUACUAAAUCCAAAGAGGCUGCUCUUCUUGAGGCUGAGAGAACUGUUGAGAUUGCUUUGGCUAAAGCAUCCUUGGUUGAUGAUCUGCAAAACAAAAACCAGGAGCUAAUGAAGCAGAUUGAAAUAUGCCAGGAGGAGAACAAAAUCAUGGACAAAAUGCAUAGGCAGAAGGUUGCAGAGGUUGAAAAGCUAACCCAAACUGUUCAUGAGCUUGAAGAGGCUGUUUUGGCUGGUGGGGCCGCUGCUAAUGCUGUGCGUGAUUAUCAACGAAAAGUGCAAGAGAUGAAUGAAGAGAGAAAAACUUUAGAACGGGAGGUAGCUCGAGCGAAGGUUAAUGCGAAUCGUGUCGCCACUGUAGUUGCAAAUGAGUGGAAAGAUGGCAAUGACAAAGUGAUGCCCGUUAAGCAAUGGCUUGAAGAAAGAAGAUUUUUUCAGGGAGAUAUGCAACAGCUUCGGGAUAAACUGGCAGUGGCUGAGCGCACUGCCAAGGCAGAAGCGCAACUUAAAGAGAAAUACCAAUUGCGGUUCAAGGUUUUGGAGGAAAAGCUUAAAGCAUCUAAUGGUAACUCCCGCAUUGCCUCAGAAGGAAGAAGCAUAAGCAAUGGACCAUCAAGGCGUCAGUCUAUUGGUGGGGCAGAGAAUUUCUCUAGGUUACCCUCCAAUGGGUAUUUAUCAAAGAGAACUUCAAAUUUGCAAUAUGGGUCUCUCAGAUCCAACAGUGCUAAUGCAUUGUUAAAGCACGGUAAGAUCUCAUCUAGAUCAUUUGAUGGUGGUAGUAGAUCCUUGGACAGAGGUAAGCUGAUACCAGAUGCAAGUGGGGAAAAUGGUUUGCCCACUAAUACUCGUGAUCAGACCCUAAUCAGUGAAACAAAUGGUACACAUGAGGAGAGUGCAAUUGGGAUGCCAAUUGAGAAAACCAAAACAGAACAUGAAGAUUAUGUUUCUGGAAUGCUGUAUGAUAUGUUACAGAAAGAGGUCAUAUAUCUGAGAAAAUCUUGCCAUGAAAAAGAUCAGACACUCAAGGACAAGGAUGAUGCAAUUGAGAUGUUAGCAAAGAAGGUUGAUACAUUGAACAAAGCAAUGGAAGUUGAGGCCAAAAAGAUGCGAAGAGAAGUAGCUGCCAUGGAAAAGGAAGUUGCUGCUAUGCAUGUCAGCAAGGAGCAUGAUCGGAGGACAAGGCGCAUAAGUGCUCCAAGGGGAGCUAUAAAUAGUUCUCAUUUAACUUCUGCAAGGAAUGUACGAAACUCUUAGGCAACUGAAAUCGCUUCGAGUCUGUGAUAUACUUGAUCAGACAAGGCAUCCUUUAAUUCUUCAGGUCUGGAGUCCAUAUAAAUGUAUGGUUAUGUCUUGAUUUUUUGCCCUUCUCUCUCUCCAUGUAUUUAAACUGGUUCAUCCAGGUUGUCAAAUCAAAUUGUAAAGAACUGACUCGAGGUUUUUCAGGAGUUCUUCCUGUCCUGUAUAUUUGUUGUACUAAUGUUAUUACCAAGAAAUAUCAAGGGUGCCAUGGAAUUUCUUAAAAGAGGUAUGUCAGAUAAACUACUUACAACACCCCCCCCAAAGUGUGAAGAAAGUUUGAAAUGAUUAUAGAAGUCACUGUUUACAACAACUGUAUAUUGUUUUUGUUUUGGUAACUUAUAAGAUCUUUUCAAGUUUUCGGGCUUUUACUUUUGAGAACAUUUGACAAUCGGUUGAUUGGUAGUUCGGAAAAGGGAAAUAAAUUGUAUUGUCCUUUGAUUUUGCUUGCCUAAUUAUUAAGAAGGAUUGAUUGCCUCCUGUGCAAGAAACUACUUGCAAUCUAUUGUAUUGGAAAAUUCUAUGUU